GGGCUGCGGUCCUUUUCUCCCACACUCUGCCGCCUCCUCUCUCCUCCGGUGGCGGACCGAACUGAUGCUUCUGGGAAACGAAACUAAGCUGCUCUAAAGUUUCCAGCUCGGCUUUUUGUUUCCCGCUCUCCGCGGUGUCCCACUCUGGGCGCGGCGCGGGGCGGGGCCGGGAGCCGCCAGGGCGGAAAGGCCCGGGAGGGUGCGAGGACAAGGGGUCUCUGUGCGGCGCCCGGCCUCGACGGCGGGCGGGCUGGCUGGGCUGGGCUGGGCUGGGCUGGGCGGGGCGGCAGCUAACCGCGUCUCUGUGCGUCCCGCAGGCGGGCAACCCGCGCCGCCGCGCCGGGCCGCCGGCGAUGAUCACCUAGGAGGCUGGCGCGGGCGGGCGCGAGCGGCGGAGGAGCCGGGCGCGGCGAUACGCGGCCAUGGAGUGGGAGCUGGCGGCGGCUGGGGAGCCCGGGACCCCGGGACGGCGGCGGCGGCGGCGGCGGCGGCGACGGCGGCGGCGCUGGGAGGUCAGGACGCGCACGGUGCGCUCCAAUCUGCUGCCGCCCCCGGGCGCCGAAGACCCUUUGGCGAGCGCGGCCAAGGGCGCGCGGCGGCGGCGGCGGUGCGGGGGCGCCCAGCACCUGGCCGACAACCGGCUCAAGACCACCAAGUACACUCUGCUGUCCUUCCUGCCCAAGAACCUGUUCGAGCAGUUCCAUCGCCUGGCCAACGUGUACUUCGUCUUCAUCGCGCUGCUCAACUUCGUGCCGGCGGUGAACGCCUUUCAGCCCGGCCUGGCACUGGCGCCUGUGCUCUUCAUCCUGGCGGUCACGGCCUUCAAGGACCUGUGGGAGGACUACAGCCGUCACCGCUCCGACCAAGAGAUCAACCACCUGGGCUGCCUCGUCUUCAGCAGGGAAGAAAAGCAGUACGUGAACCGAUUCUGGAAAGAAAUCCGCGUGGGAGACUUUGUGCGUCUUCGCUGCAACGAGAUCAUCCCUGCAGACAUCCUGCUGCUCUGUUCGAGUGACCCCGACGGGCUGUGCCACAUCGAGAUGGCCAACCUGGAUGGAGAGACCAACCUGAAACGGCGCCAGGUGGUCCGAGGCUUCUCCGAGCUCGUCUCCGAAUUCAAUCCUUUGACGUUCACCAGCGUAAUCGAGUGUGAGAAGCCCAACAACGACCUGACUAGGUUUCGUGGGUGCAUCAUACACAACAACGGGAAAAAGGCUGGGCUCUACAAAGAAAACCUGCUGCUUCGAGGCUGCACCAUCCGAAACACAGAAGCCGUCGUGGGCAUCGUCAUCUACGCAGGACAUGAGACCAAGGCUCUGCUGAACAACAGCGGGCCCCGCUACAAGCGCAGCCGGCUGGAGAGGCAGAUGAACUGCGACGUGCUCUGGUGUGUCCUCCUCCUCGUUUGUAUGUCUCUGUUUUCAGCCGUCGGACAUGGACUAUGGGUGCAGCGCUAUCAAGAGAAGAAAUCAUUAUUUGAUGUCCCUGAGUCUGACGGCACCUCUUUAUCCCCAGUCACAGCUGCAGUUUAUUCGUUUUUGACAAUGAUAAUAGUUCUGCAGGUUUUGAUCCCAAUUUCCUUGUACGUUUCCAUUGAAAUUGUUAAAGUAUGCCAAGUGUACUUCAUUAACCAGGAUAUAGAGUUGUAUGAUGAGGAGACAGACUCACAGCUGCAGUGCCGAGCCCUGAACAUCACGGAAGACCUAGGGCAGAUACAGUAUAUCUUCUCCGAUAAAACUGGCACUUUAACUGAGAAUAAGAUGGUUUUCCGAAGAUGCACUGUGUCUGGCAUAGAAUAUUCUCAUGAUGCAAAUGCCCGGCGUCUGGCCAGGUACCAGGAAGCAGACUCGGAGGAGGAGGAGGUGGUGCCCAGAGGGGGCUCACUGCCCCAGCGCAGCAGCACCGGGAGCCACCAAAGCAUCCGAGUCGUGCAUCGGAGCCAGAGCACCAGGUCACACCGGCGCACCAGCAGCCGUGCCGAGGCCAAGAGGGCCAGCAUGCUGUCCAAGCACACAGCCUUCAGCAGCCCCAUGGAGAAGGACAUAACGCCCGACCCGAAGCUGCUGGAGAAGGUGAGCGAGUGUGACAGGUGCCUGGCCUUUGCAAGGCACCAGGAGCAUCCAUUGGCCCACCUCUCGCCUGAGCUGUCUGACAUUUUCGACUUCUUCAUUGCACUCACCAUCUGCAACACAGUGGUGGUCACAUCCCCGGAUCAGCCACGACAAAAGGUGAGGGUGCGCUUCGAGCUGAAGUCUCCGGUGAAGACGAUAGAAGAUUUCCUCAGGAGGUUCACGCCCAGCCGCCUGGCCUCGGGCUGCAGCAGCAUUGGGAGCAUGGCCACCAACAAGUCGGCACACAAGUCCAGCCUCUUGUCCACGCUGGCCAACAACGGCAUGCUGUUCCGGCUGGAGGAGAGGCUGGGCCCGCCGGCCCCAGGCCUUGCCAGCAAUGGCUACAGCAGCGGGGCAGACGGCUGGGCACCUGAGUGCUCAGCACAGGAGCCUGAGCCCGAGCGGGAGCUGCGCUACGAGGCCGAGAGCCCCGACGAGGCAGCUCUCGUCUACGCCGCCCGCGCCUACAGCUGCGCGCUCGUGGACCGACUGCACGACCAGGUGUCGGUAGAGCUGCCCCACCUGGGCAGGCUCACCUUCGAGCUCCUGCACACGCUGGGCUUCGACUCCAUCCGCAAGAGGAUGUCAGUGGUGAUCCGGCACCCACUCACGGACGAGAUCAACGUCUACACCAAGGGGGCCGACUCGGUGGUCAUGGACCUCCUGCUGCCCUGCUCCACAGAUGACGCCAGAGGAAGGCAUCAAAAGAAGAUCUGGAGCAAGACUCAGAACUACCUCAACCUGUAUGCUGUGGAGGGCCUGCGCACCUUGUGCAUCGCCAAGAGGGUUCUGAGUAAGGAAGAGUAUGCCUGUUGGCUGCAGAGCCACUUGGAAGCGGAAUCCGCCCUGGACAACCGCGAGGAGCUCCUGUUUCAGUCUGCCAUUCGCCUGGAGAGGAAUCUGCAUCUGUUGGGUGCCACUGGGAUUGAAGACCGCCUGCAGGACGGAGUCCCUGAAACCAUUGCUAAAUUGCGUCAAGCAGGCCUGCAGAUUUGGGUUCUCACUGGUGACAAACAGGAAACAGCCAUUAACAUUGCUUACGCCUGCAAACUGCUGGACCACGACGAGGAAGUCAUCACCCUGAACGCCGAAUCCCAGGAGGCGUGCGCAGCCCUGCUGGACCAGUGCCUACACUAUGUGCAGUCCAGGAGCCCCCACAGUGCUGCCGACAAGACCGCUGGUGGCGUGAGCGUGGGCUUCUCCCCACUCUGCCCGCCCUCUGCAGCUGCCAUGUCUGGCCCCAGCCCCAGCCUUGUGAUCGAUGGGAGAAGUCUGGCCUACGCCCUCGAGAAAAACCUGGAGGACAAAUUCCUCUUCCUUGCUAAGCAGUGCCGGUCUGUCCUUUGUUGUCGCUCGACUCCCCUGCAGAAGAGCAUGGUGGUGAAGCUGGUCAGGAGCAAGCUCAAGGCCAUGACUCUGGCCAUAGGAGAUGGAGCCAAUGACGUCAGCAUGAUCCAGGUGGCAGACGUGGGCGUGGGACUCUCAGGCCAGGAGGGCAUGCAGGCAGUGAUGGCCAGCGACUUUGCGGUGCCCAAAUUCCGAUACCUCGAGAGGCUCUUGAUCGUUCAUGGACACUGGUGCUAUUCCCGACUUGCCAACAUGGUGCUGUACUUCUUCUACAAAAACACAAUGUUCGUGGGCCUCCUGUUUUGGUUCCAGUUUUACUGUGGCUUCUCUGCAUCCGCCAUGAUUGACCAGUGGUAUCUGAUCUUCUUUAAUCUGCUCUUCUCAUCGCUUCCCCAGCUUGUGACUGGGGUGCUGGACAAGGACGUGCCGGCUGACGUGCUGCUGACCAAGCCGCAGCUCUACAAGAGCGGCCAGAACAUGGAGGAAUAUCGGCCUCGUACGUUCUGGUUGAACAUGGCUGAUGCUGCCUUCCAGAGCCUGGUGUGUUUUUUCAUUCCCUACCUGGCCUACCACGACUCAGACACAGACAUGUUCACCUGGGGGACCCCCAUCACCGCCAUCGCGCUGUUCACCUUCCUCCUGCACCUGGGUAUAGAAACCAAGACCUGGACCUGGCUCAACUGGAUGGCUUGUGGCUUCAGUAUACUUUUAUUUUUCACUGUGGCUUUGAUUUAUAAUGCUUCCUGUGCAAUGUGCUACCCUCCAUCCAACCCCUAUUGGACCAUGCAGACGUUAAUGGGCGACCCUGUGUUUUACUUCAUUUGUCUCAUAGCACCUGUCGCCGCGCUGCUGCCCAGAUUGUUUUUCAAAGCCCUGCAGAGGAGCCUUUUCCCCACCCAACUGCAGCUGGGACGCCAGUUGGUUAGAAGGUCCCCCAGGAAACUCAGGGCUCCCAAAGAGACCUUUGCUCAGGGACACCUCCCAGGAGAACCGAGGACGGAACCGUCAGAACAGAGGAGCAUCAGUGCCUCGGGGUCCUUCUCCCAGGACUGUAGCUCGCAGGUGUUUUGGCAUGCACAGCAGUCGUCCUGCUCUCCAGAGGCCAGCGGGGAGCCCAGCGUGGUGGACAUGGGCAUGUCUCUGAGGGAGGACACCCUGCUGGAAGGGCUGGGCAGCCAGACCCCAGGGUCCUCCUCACCAGGGAAGGUGAUCCCGGAAGGCUGUCCAGGGGACUCCAAGAUGAAACCCACAAGUGCCAGCAGGGCAGCUGCCCUGUCGUCCAUCUUCAGCCUGCCCAGCCUCAGCUCACUCAACUGGAUUUCCUCCCUCUCUCUGGUCAGCGGGCUGGGAAGUGUCCUACAGUUCUCCCGAAGUGGUUUACAGAUGGACAGGCGGGACGGCGAGUUCCUACCCAGCCCCCCGCAGCCAGACCAGGACCUGCGAGGCUUGAGUGGGCAGACCACGGACUACUUCUAGGACCUCCUUCCAGGGAUUACAGCUGGCGGUGGCAGCGGUGAAAACCUCGAAAUGCUUUUUUUAUAACAUAGAUGUUAAUAUUAUUUAUGUUUAUUAUUUGCACAGAAGAGUUCUAGUGAGAUGUAUUUUAUAUAUUUCCAAGGCUAACACAGGAAAUGAAAGGUACCAAAAAAGAAAGUUUAUUUUUUAAAAUUUCUAACUAGAGUAUAUUGAAAAGAAAAAUAAGAGCUUUAUCAUAUAUAAAAGUUUAAAGAAGAGCGACACUUGAGAGGUGGGUUUAGAUUUAUUUUUUCAUCUCAUUUUAUAAGAAAAUGCAGUCUGAUCGGUUUUCUUCAACACGUGUGAUGUUUGCUUUCCCCUAGUGGAAAUGCGUGUGAGCACAGUGAACCCUGGGCGGGUGUGGACGAUGUGAGGGGAGGUGACAGGCACGCACACGGCCCCAGCAGAGAUCCCCACUGUCUGUCUCUCAAUCCCACCACUGGGAGGGUGGACUCUGCUUCACCAGGAAAGGGAAAGUGAGAACUCUGGGAAAACACACAUACACACACACACACACACGAAAUUCAUUCCAACAUUCUACUCUAUGCAGGCAUUUGGUAAAGACCACCUGUAGGUAUUAUAGUUCCUAUGUAGGGUCUCGCCUGUUAAAAUCAUAACAAGCAAUAAACAACCUUCACUUUGCAAAGAGAACGUUUGGGGUUGCCACUGUUGUGUGGUAUUAUUAAUACGUGACCUAAUGUUACCAAAUGCAAGUUCAUGUGCUUGGCGCACAGUGAGGCCAAACAAACCAAAACAUCAGAGUUUGGAUCAGAGAAAAGCUCAUUGCAGGGCUAAGCAAGAACGGGUAGCGCGUGCUCAAAAAUACCCCAAACUCCUCAAAGGGUUUCAACAAAGCAUUUUUAAAGGCCAGGUGAGAGAGGGACAUGCCAGGGUCUGUGAUCAGCUGUGCACAAUUCUCUGAUGGUGAUCAAUCCUUAGGGCUCACGAUCAUCAAGCAUUAAUUUCUUCCUUCUGGUGGUGGUACCAGCAUCUAGAAAACUCAGGAAAUAUGCAUCAGAUACUAUCAUCUAGGUACUUCAGAGAGGAGCUAUAGCAGAGAAUAUGGGGGAGGGGUCUGUCCUGGGAAGACCCCGUAGGGUCCUGCUCGGUUACACUGACAGAACAUAUUCUGAGUACUCCAGGGCACUUCCUCAUGGCAAAUCCUUUUAGACCCUGUGGAGGAAACAGCUGGGUGACAUGCAAGCUGCACAUUGGGACACUGUGACAUAGGCUACACCAGCUCCCUGCACCAAGAGACUGGGGUCUUUAGGUUUUUGUCUUAUGAGUCAUUACUUCUGUCUCUAAACAGAGAAAAAGAGAAAGAAAAGAUUAUAAGAAUCCAAGGCAGUUGUAUAGCAUUUGCUCUUCAGAACCCUCUCUUUAACUUUGCCAGCCAUUGUGAGUUACCUGCUUGCUCAGCCUGGGGAUGUGAAGUGAGCAGGGUGUGCUCCUGCUUAGGACUCCUGUGGCUGCCUGUCCCCGGAGCAGCAAUGUGCAGAGGUCGGAGGAUCUCAGGACUAAGAAAUUUCUGAGCACAGCAUGCCAGCAAUAAUGGCUGGUUACCCGGCAUGUGUGGCUCAUUGCAUGUGACAGAAGAUGCACCUCAUCUGGUCAGAUGGAAAGGGACGGCAGGCCUCAUGUCUGCAAGGCCAGGGAGAAGGUGGGCUCCAGGGCAAUUGAACAUGCAACUCAGACCUGGGCUUUCCCCUUUCUCCCUGCACUCAGCUUUCUGGGAUCAGCUUGAUCCCAAGGCUGGCUCUGUUCUUGGUAAUGACAUGACUGGAACCAUCCCAGGACAUGUGCUCACAUCAUGCUCCAGAGGAGAGAGAGGGUGUCACUCUCCACAUCCUGAGCAGAGUCUUGGUUUCCUUGACCUCAUGCAGUUGCAGGACAGCCUUAAACCAGUUACUGGAAAAUUGUGAGAAUGUCCUGACAGGCUCCAGGUUGGAGCUGAGAAAGGUCAGCUUCCCUCCAAGUAACUGGGCUGCAUGAGUGGAUACUCAGGAAUAUCUGGGUCCUGUUAGUGGGGCAAGAGAGAAGAAGGAGUGGAGGGGCUUCAGCAGCCAGCAAUGCCCAGGACUGAAAGUGGUGCUGUCCUAGCCCACCCCCUCCCCCCAUGCCUGAGAUUACCUCAUGUUUUCUUGGAGCAACACAUAUGAAAAGAAUUUCCCUGGGAAGAUACACAGCUCUAUCAUUUCCUGAAUUAAGGUAAUGGUUGUUAGUACAAAGUACAAGAAGAACUAGACACCUAUUUACCUGAGUAUCUGAGAAUUCAAAAUGCCCCAGCUUCCAGAUUUUCCUGCACUCACAAUCUACCUUCUUUCCAAAGACAUCUUUCUUCCAUAGAUACUUUCUCUUGGGAAAUGGAAUGAUCCAGGAAGUGGCUUUGUGAAUAUGCCUACCAAGGCCAUUUCAGAGAAAAAAGCAUCAUAAAGGGCAUUGGCAGUUAGCUGCCCAAAGGAUGAAAAUAUUUAUAGAAGCCUACAAUAAUAUUAUCACACGCAGCUAAGUUUGAUCUCAAAUGAACAUACUACAGAGAUGAACUCCAUGAUUAUCUCAAAAGAACCCUGGGAAGUACAUGUCACAUCACUCAAUCCUAAUUACAAAUCCAAAAUAAAGAAGGCUGCCUCUGCUCGUGGUGACAAAAUGGAUGGACUAAGUAUAUGACAUUAUACAAAACCAAUUUUAAGUUCUUGGCGGUCAGAUCUGUGUCCUCUUCACCUUAUACCCUUGGCAGUAGCAUAGAACCUAGCUCUGAGAAUGCACUCAGGAAAUGUGUGGUGACCCCAAGAACUAAUGUUUAUGCUGAAACACUAAAGGCAUUCCUGUUAGAAUCAGAGAUAAAGGAAAGUUGCUUGUUAUAACCCAGUAUUAUUUAAUAUUUUUUGGAACUUCUGGGUAAUGCAAUAAGACAUGAACUUUUAAAAAGAAUGAAUAUUGGAAUUAGAGACCAAAUUAUCAUUACUUACACGUAUUGAAACCGUGCACCUCAGAUGGGACUUGAACCCGUGGGCCAGACUCAAACCCAGCCAAAACCCAGGUUGGGACUUGAACCCACUGUCUUUUAAUUGAAAUCACACACCUGAUCUCAGGACUUAGUGAAGCUCAGGUUUUUUAUGUCUCAUGGCAGAAAGAAUUCAGUGAGAGACAAAGUGAUAGGUAAGAAGUGGAUUUAUUUAGAGAGAAACACUCCACAGAUGGAGUGUGGGCCAUCUCAGAAGGCGAGAGGCCCUGAAAUAUGUGGUGGUUAGUUUUUAUGGGCUGGGUAAUUUCAUAGGCUAAUGAGUGGGAGGAUUAGUCUAACUAUUUUGGGGAAGGGACAGGGAUUUCCAGGAAUUGGGCCACCGUCCACUUUUUGACCUUUUAUGGUCAGCCUGGAAACUGUCAUGGCACUGGUGGGUGUAUCAUUUAGUUGAUGUAUUAUGAUGAGCAUAUAAUGAGGCUCAAGGUCUAGUGGAAGUCAAAUCUUCUGCCAUCUUGGACCUAGUUGUUUCUAACCAGUUAAUGUCCUCGAUGGCUAUGCCAUUCUUUUAAAUGUUGUACCCUGCCCCCUUUCCUCCUCUUUCAUUCCCCAGAGAUUUUACUCCUAUAUUCUUCUGGGAAGUAGAGGGGCAACGGUCCAUCUCUGUAACUGCUUCAAGGCUGAGUAGGGGGAUCGAUCCUGCCUGUCAGGGAGUAAAAAUCUCUAGAUGCUUGAUCUAGGGACCCCAGGGACAGGACAGCUCCUUGUUUUAAGUUGGUAUGGGCUGGAAUCCUCGCACAGCCAUCAUCUUGAUAUGGAACUGUUGUGACUGUUUCCUUAGCCUUCCUAUGAAUCUUCUUGAUGAUGAAGCACUUUUUGUAACAGCAUCAGAGUACAAAAAUAGCCAUCUAUAAAUGACAGAACACUUAAAAGGCAUGAUUAAACCUCUGAUUACAGUGUAAUUGAUAAAGAAACUUGGUUACAAUAACCAGAAUUAGGAAUGAUUACAUUUAACUUAACACACCAAAUAAUCUUAGUUAAGUAUUUUUCUUUGAGAUGCCUCAGGGGCCCUCUAAAGCAUCCCAAAGUUAGCUGUAAAUCAAAAGAACUAAUUAAAAUUUGAUCUUUGGUGAGUUUGUCAAAAAGUUUUAAAAUACUUGGUCAAAUACCAUCAUAGGUCACUGUGAGACAAUACUUAUUCCUUAACCAAAGUUAAAAGAGGUCUCAAAAGCAAAAACAGUUCACUUAAAGGCAAAGAAAUUUACAUAAUAUGUUAUCAAAAGCAGCAUUUCAAGAAAACUUUGCAGGGAGAAACCAAAUCCAGUCUUGCCUCAGCCUACUCCCAACAAAAUCCAUUUGCCCAACUAAAUUUAAUCCAAUCUUAGAAAAUCCUGAUCAUGCACAACUCUUUUCAGUAUUUUUUUUUAUUCCUCACACCUUCUUUCAUUGAAGACAUACAUCUUACUUGCCUUAAAAGUUUUUUUCACGUCGAGUUAAUUUUCUUACUGACAAAUUUGCUAUAGGAAUAACAUAAACUUGACCUUCAGUAAACCUAGGUACAACAGAAGAAGUAUUAUACUUAACAUUGAUGACUCUAAAGACGUCUAUAUUAAUUAAACCAAAAAGCUUAAGCUAGCUUUAAUACCAGAUAUCCGUUCAGUACUGAAUAUUUCCCAGAUCAUGUGAACCUGAAAUUCAUUUGGCUGGUUUUCUUCACAUUUAUGAGUAUUUAUAUAAACACUUAAUUUUAAAAGCCAAUUAAAUAGAGCUGUUUUAUGAAUUUUGGCAGUACCAUACAUCUAUAACACAUAUAUAGAUAGGUACAAACAAAAACCUCAUAGCUCCUGUCUCAAAAUUUCAGCCAUGAGUCAGGUACAAAUAUGUAAAACCCAUCAUUUACAGAAGAGAUUGGAUUCAAAUUGGGCUUCUGGCAGAUGAAACAAAUCAAGGUCACCUGUCUAGAUGGCUAAACUCUUUUUACUAAUGUUUACAGAAAAGACACUUAGGAUUUCUAUUUAUCCUUGACAAGUCAUGUUCUAAAUUACCCCCUUUUUCAAAAUUUGUAUUUUAAAAGAUGGUGGAGAUAAGUGUUCCUGGAGAAGACCAGGUAGAACAUUUGUAUCUUUGAGAAGGCACA